UCCGGGACCUGCCCAGCUCUGCAGGCUCGGCCUGUGGCCGCUGCCGGGCACUGGGCUCCCGGCGCUGCAAGGCGGAGAGGCCCGGGUCUGGCGCCGCCCGCGCAGCCCUGUCGCGGCGGCGGGCGCUGCAGCACGACAGGGGGCGGGGCCGGCUGCAGGGGAGGCCAGGGUGGCUGGGGAGUCUCCCGGCUGGGCCGAGUGACACAGGCUGGGGCUCCGGCAGCGGCGACAGGGGCCGGGCCGCCGCGUGACCGGCUGCAGUCACGCUGUGCUUAAUCACAAUUAGCUUUUGCUCCAGGCUGGCCGUGCGCACCAUUCUCCCAGCCGGUGACCCCGGGGAUUUCUUUUAUGGUGGCUUUCUCUGAAAUGCCAAAGCCACCCGAUUAUUCAGAGCUGAGUGACUCUUUAACGCUUGCCGUGGGAACAGGAAGAUUUUCGGGACCACUGCACAGAGCAUGGAGAAUGAUGAACUUCCGUCAGCGUAUGGGAUGGAUUGGAGUGGGAUUGUAUCUGUUAGCAAGUGCAGCAGCAUUUUACUAUGUUUUUGAAAUCAACGAGACUUACAAUAGGCUGGCCUUGGAACACAUUCAGCAGCACCCAGAGGAGCCCCUUGAAGGAACCACAUGGACACACUCCUUGAAAGCUCGGUUACUCUCCCUACCUUUCUGGUUUUGGACAGUUAUUUUUCUGAUACCUUACUUGCAGAUGUUUUUGUUCCUUUAUUCUUGUACAAGAGCUGACCCCAAAACGAUGGGCUACUGUAUUAUUCCCAUAUGCUUGGCAGUUAUAUGCAAUCGCCACCAGGCAUUUGUCAAGGCUUCUAAUCAGAUCAGCAGACUACAACUGAUUGAUACAUAAAAUCAGUCACUAUUUUUUCCUUACAAGUACAAAACUGCCAGUACUGUAUGAAGCCUGAUCACAAGACUGCAGUUUCUUCACAGAUCUCAGGAAGCUGUGGUGGGGCAGAGGCUUUUUAAAGAAUGUGACUAGGGGACUAUCUUUAUCUGAAUAUUGAAUUUUUAGGUAAAGCCUGUGAUACAGUACUACAAAAUCAUGUUGAUGACUUCAGAUUUUGGAAGUAAAAUUUUAUCUGUUAUUUGAA